AUGGAGGCUUUCCCCGGCGGCAAGCUGGAACCGCACCGGCACCUCCCUCCCGUAGAGCGCCUGCCGGGCGCCCGCUACGGCGGCCGGAGCCACAGCGCCUGCGGAAACGUCUUCAACUCGUGGAACGAUUACCUGGGGCUGGCCACGCUAAUCACCAAGGCCGUGCGCCCCGGCAAGGGCUUCGGCGCCGAGCCGCCCGCCGUGGUGGUGGCGGCGGCCGAAGAAGAGGAAGAAGAAGAGGAGGAGGAGGAGGAAGAAGCGGCGGGGCCGUACUUCGAGGGCGCGCUGGACUUGCACGAGCUGGAGCUGUGCGGGCACCACCACCAUCACCACGGCGACGGGCUGCUGGAGGAGCGCUACGCCGACUUCAGCCCCUUCCCCGGGCGCGGCGGCCCCGCCGCGGUGCUGUUCGACUGCUCGGGGGAGCACGCGGGCCGGGACGGCUCGGCUCACGCGUGGGGCGCGGGCGUGGUGGUGGCGGCGGGUCGGCUGCCCUCGCACCCGCGUGCCGCGGGCCGCCUGCUGAAGCCCGAGCUGCAGGUGUGCGUCUUCUGCCGGAACAACAAGGAGGCGGUGGCUCUGUACACCACUCACAUCCUGAAGGGACCCGACGGCCGCGUGCUGUGCCCGGUGCUGCGCCGCUACACCUGUCCCCUGUGCGGCGCCAGCGGGGACAAUGCCCACACCAUCAAGUACUGCCCGCUGUCCAAAAUGCAGGCGGCCAAACAGCUCCGGCACGCCCGGACCGCGCUGGGCAAGAAAGCCCGCUAG